CAAAUUAAUACUACUAUAUCAAUGUUUAGCUUUUUCAAGAGAGCCAAGAAGGAAGAGGAGGUAACUAUCAUCCCAGACCCAGAUAUUGAACUCUCUGACCCAGAAGACAACUUCGAAGAAGAUGAUGAGCUUGAACUGAUGCUCACACUUACCAGAGUCAUUCCAAAGAACUUAAAGAAAGAGCAUUUCAAAUUAGCUUUAAGCCAAAUCAGCGAGCUAGAAUCUCUAGUAGAAAGAAUUGAGCAGAAUGGGACCUUAAGAGUUCCAGAAGGUGUGAAAGAGUUUAUCAAUAGUGAGCUUGUCACUAGAGCUAAGAAUGACAAAACCCUUCUUGAUCAUUACCUUGGCUGUAUCCAAGAUUUCUCAGAUGGGUGGAAAGUUUAUUCAAAAUCCAAAUCGAUGAAUAUUUACCUUAAGGAGAACUACACUGAUGGAAAACUUGAUUCUUUCCUGUUUGGUGGUGAGUGAAUUAUCAAUGCUCCUUUGCUCAACCCAUGUUGCGUCAUGGCAGAGCAUGAGUUGCUUCAAAACUGGAUCCCAAUGUUAAAAAGCGUGGAUCUCCUUCAUGAGCAGUCGCCUCUUAAGAAGUUGAUCCAUUUGAAAAUUGAUCUAUUUCUUCCAUUUAAAAAUAGAGAUUUGGUCACAGAAGGAACAGGCUUUCUCUUUGAAGAAGAGAAGGCGGUCGCUUUCAUCAUGAAAUCAGAUUACAGUGGUUCCUUCUUUGGCACUGAGUUUGAAGAAAUCUGCGAAAAGAGAGUCAGAAUGAAUCUCAAAGACGGAUUCAUGUACAUGGAGUACAUUGAUGAGAAUACAUGAAAAUUUAAAGUAGUCCUUAAUGUUGAUAUGAAACUCGGUCUUGGACAAGGCUGGGUAGGCAAAAUGGUACUCAACAAAGUCGUCAAAGUCUGGAUUUCAAAGAUCGUCAACAGCAGCGAGAAUUUGAAAGGCACUGAAUUCGCUAAGAGACUCAUCAAGAACCCACUAUACAGAUUUAUAGCAAAAAGAUUGGACAUAGAGUUCCCCGAUAGCCAUGACGUACUAAAUGCCUAAUAAGC